AGGGUGCUGUCCUGCGGUGCCAAGGGGAUUGGGGGGGAGGAGGCACUGGACACUGGCAUGGGGAGGCCGAUGCCAUCAGCGAGGUCGCAGUCCCCCGUGGGAACGGUGGCGAGCCCGACGUCACUGUCACCGAGCCCUUCAAAUAGCGGCGCCUGCCCGGCCGGCCACCGCUCCAGCCACCGGCCACCGCCACCACCGGCACCUGUCCGGCCAGUCCCCCGGCCAUGGCACCCCGCGGGUCGCUGCUGCUGCUGGCGCUGCUGCUGCUGAGCUGUGCCCUGCCCCGCGGCCGCGGCCAGCACUGGUCCCACGGCUGGUACCCGGGGGGCAAGCGGGACCUCGGGACCCCCACAAACCUCCAGGUUCCGUCCCCUUUCGGGCGCUGCCGUCCCCUCCCGUGUCGCCCCCGGCGGGAGGAGCCGCUGCCGCGACCCGCGCUGCGCCCCUGACCGGAGCCACCGACCCACGCGGGAGCGAGCCGGGACCCCCGCGCGGGGAAUAAAGGGGCUGGGGGGGAUU